AUGCCUGUCGAAGAACAGUUUGGAGUAUGGGACUACAGCGUCUUCUUUUCGAUGCUCCUCGCAUCGUCUGGCAUUGGGAUAUACUAUGCGUUUACGUCUUCGAGGAAGCCUCAGGCACCCAAGUCCAUGGGUGUGGUUCCAGUGGCGAUGUCCCUGAUCAGCACCUCUCUUUCUCCUGUCGCCAUGCUGGGCAUUCCGGCCGAGAUGUACUUCUUCGGUAUUCAGUUCAUCGUCAUCCAGUUGGGACUUCUGGUUACUGUGCUUCUGACGAACCAUGUUUACAUGCCGAUGUUCUACAAUCUUGACGUUACCAGCGCGUUUCAGUACCUCGAGCUACGAUUCAGUCGAACACUUCGAACAAUCUGUUCAGUUUGUUCAACGUUGCAGAUGGUUGUGUAUAUGGCAAUCGUACUCUACGGACCCGCUCUGGCUCUGCAACAAGUGACCGGGGUAAACCUGUGGCUGUCCGUGCUUUCUAUUGGCGCCGUUUGUACGUUCUACACCAGCAUUGGCGGCAUCAAGGCGAUAGUAAUGGCGGACGUUUUCAUGAGUUUCAUCAAGUACGCCUCCAUUGUUCUGCUCGCUGUGAAGGGAACUCUGGACGUCGGCGGGCCCGGCGUCGUCUUCCAAAAGAAUUUGAACACAGGAAGACUGCAGCUGCUGGACUUUCGGCCUGACCCGACUGUCCGUCAUUCCGUGUGGGCAAUGGUCAUUGGAGGCACCUUUCUAUGGCUCACACUCUACGCCGUCAAUCAGAGCUGGGUACAACGUUACCUCAGCAUGCCCAGUAUACAAGCAGUGCGAAGAGCCUUGUGGGUCAACCUCGUUGGAGUAGUGGCCCUCCAAAGUCUCCUGUGCUACGUGGGCCUCGUGAUCUUCGCCGCGUACAGCGACUGCGAUCCUGUCUCUACGAAACAAGUGACUGCCGCUGACCAAUUGGUGCCACUUCACGUGAUGGACAUUUUUGGAAGCUAUCCCGGUGUCCCAGGACUGAUUGUGUCCGGAAUCUUUAGUGGUGGCCUUAGUGGCGUGUCUGCCAGUCUUGCCUCCCUGGCAACGACGACGCUGCAGGACAUCAUCAAGACGUACAUCAAGCCUGAUCUCGGAGAUCGAGCAUCUGCCAUCACCCUGCAAAUUCUCACUGUUGUGUUUGGUGUGAUCGUCGUCGUCAUGGUAUAUGUGGCCCAGCAAAUGGGAGACGUUCUUCAGGCUGCACUGUCCGUCCUCGGCAUCGUGGGUGGACCCCUCGUAGGAGUGUUCACCCUGGGAAUAUUUGUACCCUUUGCCAAUGCGCUCGGAGCCAUCGUGGGCAUGAUAACAGCCAUGGCGACCCUGUCCUGGAUCACUGUGGGUGCCUACAUUCGGAGGCCAAUGCACCCAAGGCCUUCGGUGUUUGUUGAUGGAUGCACCGACCUUUACCUCAACGUCACGGGAGCCGAACACGCCACCUUGCCCAGCGCGGACGUUGAUGCUCAUAAUUUCCAGAUAGAGUACAUCUACAGGCUUUCUUAUCUCUGGUACAGCCUCCUUGGAGUUAUCAUCGUUCUUGUCUUAGGCUCCAUCAUCAGUGUUCUUACAGGUCGUCAGCCUGAACCGGUGGACGAACGUCUCUUGAACGGCGUCACGCGUCACUGCGCUUCUUGUCGAAGGACCGGACCCGAGGCCAGAGUCUCGAACGUUUCUAAUCAAGUUGCGUCGCGAAUGGAACAACAGUCAGCCGCAAAAUCAAGAAACGUGUUACCGGAAGUUACGCACCAAAUGCCCGAAACCUUCAUCCCACCACCCUAA